CCAUGGGUUUUAACCUAAAUCUUAAUGGAUCUUAUUAAAAUCCAUAGUUAAUAUUGCUCAAAACAAACAUUACCUAGUUCAUUAUUGAAUGGAAUCGUAUUUCAGAUUUCGACAGUGGUCUCCAUGUCACCAUCAUCACCACUGCCACCGUCAAAACAACCACCACCACCAGUUCUGCUCCCUACAUAAUCACCACCACCACCACCACCACCACCACCACCACCACCACCACCAUCAUCAUCAUCAUCAUCACCACCACCACCACUGUAAUUACUACUCCAUUGUUUGCCCUAAGCACGUUCCCCUUCCUCUGCGUAAUACUCCAUUGCAAAAGGACUUGGACUUUCAGGCUGAUGGUCACAAUCAAACUUCUGCCUCCUUGAAUCAGGUGUUGCAAGAGCCAGAGCAUGACGAAUUAGAAGAUGAGGAGGACGACGACCCGGUUUUUGUUCUAACUGAUGAAUGGAGGGAAUUCUUUGCUAAAUCUGAAGCUAAGAGAAAACUAGCGAAGCAGAAUGCUAAGAAAAAGGACAAACACUAGCACAAGUUGGCACUGCUCUUCAGCUUUUGAUUUUCUAAUGCUCCUUGAUACCUGAGGUCUUGGUUGAAGUGAUUAGGCUUCAUUAUUCCUCAUUCUCAUGCUUCACUCAGGUUUUUCUUGUUGGCAAGAUGUCUACUGAGUCUGGGUCUCUGUCAUGAUAUAGUGGAAAGCUCACCUGCCUUUUAGGUGGCUGAAUGAUGCAUGGAAGCAUUAGAUUCAGCUAGCAACUCGUCAACCUCAGUCUAUUUAAUUCAACUCAUCCAUCCCAAACCAAUGGGUCUGGUUAUAUGAAUCACUUUACAUGGUUUAUAGCUAAAUUUUUUUACAAGUGUUAAUGAUGCUAAAAUCUCUUUUACCACUUCCAAGUGUAUUAUCUUUAGUACUCUUUUACUUGUGUAGCUGAAUAUGCUGUCUUCAGGCUUGACAUAAUUUACGAAUGCAAAAGGUAACUUGUCUCUAA